AUGCCUGAAACCAUCAUCACCAGCCUGCGCUUCGAAGGAAAAGCAGAUGAUCUUUUCAACCCUCCUCAGCAGAAUUUCAGCGUAUCACACGAUCACAUAUUCUCAGCUGCGCGUCUGACCAUAAACGGACAGGCCGAAGGACGAGAACACUAUACCUACCUGAGUAUCCGAUCUCCAGAUGAUACGUACAUGAACAGCGUCUCGACAGACGUGCCAGACAGGGAGCCAACAACAGUGGGGGCAUCCCGGGAACUCUCCCGUCUACCCCCUGGCGAUAAGUACUCACUGUGGAUGUACUCUUUGGGUUUCAGUUCCGGCUCCAGCGGUGAGGACGUCUCAGUUACAAUCGACCUCCUCGGGUUCGACUCGACUGUUGCAGACGUCACAUGCGACGUUCUCCGAGAUGCAGAAUCAGACCCGUGGGUCAAUGCUAUUGCAUUUGGCAUAUCAGAGGCAUCCUUCACAAACCUCAUGACCGCCCCCUUUACCGCGCCAGAGCUGGAGGUUGGCAGAGGACCUUACCUCAAGUUGACACUCGAUCUCGAGACGCAGUACAGUCAACCCUGGCCCUUUGUACAUAUCGACGCAUCUACCAAGGAAUUUGUCGUCUCAGGCGAGUUGCUGCUCACCUUMUCUCGGAAAGAAGGGCCACUCUGGCCUGUCGCGGUCGUUUCGGCGACCCUGAAUGUCUAUUGCCAACCAGCCAUGGUCACAGCAACCAAUGAUACCCUCCAGAUCCAGUUUCUGCGCGCAGAUGUGAUGGUAAACUCGACGUUGGUGAAUAUCAUAGAUGAGAGUGGUAUCCUGGGGCCGUAUAAGAGCGUUUCCGACUUCAGGGAAGAGGUCAACAGGUACCUAGACCAGAUCAUAUCCAAUACAGGGCCUCUCGGCUUUGCCCUUCCCGCCUAUCUUGCAUCACGCCCCAUGCCGGAUCACUGGCAUCAUGUGCUCAACAUGGAGCUCGAUUUCCUGCGUUUUGACUACCGGACAGUCAAGGUCCAUGGCGUCAACAUCUCGUACCUGUUCAUCGUUUUCUCUGUUCGAAGCCUCAACCUACCCCCUCCUUGUUACUGCGAAACCGAAGUGGCCGCUCUGCAAGAAGCCAACACGCCCUCAGCCGCCUUCGAUUGGCUUUCACGCCAGGAGAGUCAUAAACGUUCGCUGUUGCAACACUAUCGACCCGGAGCCAGCACAAAGAAUGCUCAAAGCUCCCAGCUACAGGAACAGAAUGAUGUGGUGCCUCCCAGGCCUGACUACUACCGUGUCUUCACUCCGGCGCAGAUUGCAGCCUUGGGGCUGAGUCAGCGGUCAUUCCAAGAGAUCGCACGACCCUACGCCAGCAUGGGUCAUGAUGAGAGCACCUCCACCGGUGGGAGCAUAUACGUGUCCGCGCGGUUCUGGUUCCGUACAACGCUGCAGGCGGCAGAGAUUACCUCGGACGGAAUGAAAGCGGUUAUCGAUGUUACUGCGGAGGGAUCCGCAAGGGCCGCAGUGAGGGAUAAAUGCGGGCACGACGUAUUGAGCGCGGGUGCUCGUCUGCGUAUCCGCUGCGACGAUACUUCCAUCAGAUCGUCGUUGCGCAUCAACGAGACGAUACACGAUCCGCCAGAUCCGCCUGAAUUGACUAUCGAAGCGGAUCCCCAGGUCAAUGUCGGCGACAUCAAUGUGAAAUUCGACGGUGUCUUAUCCCCACCGCCACCGCUGGAUCAAUUCGAAAACUGGGUCAUCACAACAGUAGCCAAUAUGCUCAGACCCGCGCUCAGCAAGCGCGCCUCUGAGAAACGAAUCCGGUUGAUCCGCACUCUAGAGAACAAUGGGGGUAUCAGGUUGAUUUUCGUGGACGAUAAGUAUUUACCUGGCGAGGCUGCGGUGGUCCUUGGCCAGCUCAUUGGUACUACUUCGGACUGA